GCUCCUGCUGUGUUUUACUGAGGGUUUUGCUGUGUGCACAUUCCUGCACCCCACCAGUCCCCUGGGGCUGUGUGUGGCUCUUGUCCCUCACCUGCCUUUGCUGGUGGCCAUUUGAGGCUCUGGCACUGGGCUGGGCCUCCCCUGCUGUGCUCCCUGUGCGUGCUCUUCCCUCUCUGCUCCCCUGCAGGACUCCACCAUCCACAGCAAAGGGCAGUGGAUCCUCCUGCCAGCACCCCUGGACACCAUCAACGUGCACGCCCGUGCAGGGCACAUCCUGCCCCUGCAGGAGCCCGCCUUCAGCACUGCCCAGUCCCGCAGCAAGGCCAUGGCCUUGGUGGUGGCACUGACCCCGGACGGCUUCGCCAGGGGAGACCUGUUCUGGGACGAUGGGGACAGCUGGGAGACCUUUGAGAGGGGGGACUACACCGAGAUCCUCUUCCUGGCCUCAAACGACGCCGUGCUCAGCCAGCUGCUGAGGGCCAGUCCCCACCUCGACGGGAUCCUGCUGGAGGCUGUCACUGUGCUGGGUGUCACCAGCCCUCCCCGCCGGGUCCUGGCCAACGGUGCCAUCGUGAGUGACUUCUCCUACCGCAGUGACACCCAGGUGCUGAGGGUCCCUGUGUCGCUGCCCAUGUGGGAGCAGUUUGUGAUCUCCUGGUCCUGAGCCAGGGUCAGUCACAGGGAGAGGCCACGCUGCUCCCCUGGAAUCCGAGGCCAGAUCUGUCCCAUCCCUUGUACCCAGAGCUGCCCCUGCUCUUGCCACACUCCUGGGCCUUGCUUUCCCUCUGACUGCUGGGUGUUGAUGGAGGGAUGAGCCCUGGACUGGCACAGGAGGGGGGCCUUGCACAGCCCCCAGGGACAGGGAAAACCUCAUCAUCAUCAAAUCAGGGGAAAAAAGACCCAAGUGCCUUGUGAGGCAGCAAACCAGUUACUCUGGGGACUGGUAACUGGGGCAGAGACUGCAGGGAGUUUCCUGGCUGUGGUUUUGGGGAGGGGAUGUGCAGGGGCUGAGGGAGCAGUACUGUCAAUAAAGCUGCUGUUUGCUGGGAGCAGCCCCAGGCCGUGUCCUUGUCCCCUCUCCUGGUCCUCAAUGUGCCCUUGGCUGGACACCCCAGCUCUGUCCCUGCCUGGAGGUCUCCAGUGAGACCCCCUGUGCCCCUUGAAGGCUUCACCCCAUUUCCCAGCUGUUUCUGCAUCCCUGGCUGUGCCACAGAGGCCCUUGGCCUGUUCUGCUGGUUCAAGCUGGGUUCUGCUGCAGGGGUAUGCUCAGCUCCAGCUGAAAAUGGAGCCUUAUCCUCCAGAGGCUUUAUUGAGGGGCAGCUGGGCCCUUUGGCUCCUCUGGCUGAGAGUCAAGGCACCCGGAAUCCCUCUGCUCUGGCAGCACAGAGGGCAGAGCCUCGUGGUGCCCCCAGGAUCUGGGACCAGCCCAUCCGCGAUCCGAGCCGGGGCACAGGCGGCAC